AAAUGAAUUAUACAGUAGUUUGCGGAAGGUCUAUGUGGACAUACGUGGUAUAAGUAUGUGGCAGAAAUUAGCAGUCUUGACAUGUUUAUAUUUGAGUGUAUAUUGUGAGGAGUCAUCGCCGGAAGUAUCCAGCUUUGAUGACGAUGAAGAUCAAGAUUAUGACUAUUACUCUAAAGAUGAUUAUUACGUUGGUGGCCCUUGCUUUGAAGGCAAUUUUACAGGCACUUGCAAACUUCGAGACGAAUGUGAAUACGCUGUCAAACUAAUUGAUGAAGAUGGAACCAAAGCCCCGGAGUGUUUCUACCAAAAUGGUGAGCAUAUAGUCUGUUGCCCUGACAAAGACCUCCUGCAUAACACUGGAGUAUUCAAGAUCUACUUUGAUGAUAGUAGUGUCAAAAUGGCUUCCAAAGUGAUGUGUUACUACGAUGGCAGGCAGCCCGCAGUCUGCUGUCCGAAUGGUGAAGCGAAAAUUAAACAAAAAGAGGCCGAAGAACCAGAGAAGUGUCCAGAAUUAAGCAGAUUCAAGGUUCCAAAACAAUAUAAGAAAGAUGAGCAUAUCAAAAUAGCUUGGAAAGAAUGCGCCAGUUACCAACGAUAUGUGAAAAUGUGUAUCUCGACGGACAGUGAUCCUGAACAAUAUGAGCGUGUUGACACCUGCAAUAUUCCCACGGAUGAGUUCCGCAUCACGAACGGCAUGAAGGCGAUGGAUAAUGAGUUCCCACACAUGGCGGUAAUCGGGGUCCACAAUAGAAAUCCAGCCUUCGACGCAGAUAUCCUGUGGAUCGGAGGAGGGUCUCUCAUCAGUGACCAGUUCAUCCUCACAGCAGCGCACGUGCUUGGUGCUCAACACGGUGUGGUGAAGUAUGCGUUACUCGGUGUCACGAACAAGACGGAUGUCCUCAACGGCUAUUUGGCUAACAUUGUCAAAAUAUACCCGCACGACCUCUAUUACGAACUCAACUACGAUAUUGCGCUUUUGAAACUGGACAGAAAGGUACCUUUCUCAGAAUUCAUUCGACCAGCGUGUUUACCGCUGGAAGCUGCCGGUGACACUGAAUACAUCGCGGCUGGGUGGGGCUUGACAGCUGACCUGGGAAACUCCUCGCAAUUUCUCAUGAAGGUACAUCUCAAAGAAGAAAAUGGAAGUGAAUGUGAGAAAAUGGGAUUUAAUUGGGAUCCUAAACGGAUGAUUUGCGCUAGAGGGUUUGAGAUAGGGAGUGACACUUGCCAGGGCGACAGCGGUGGGCCUUUGAUGACUGUAUCCGAAGGUGCGGACUUAUAUUGCAAUUACGUAAUCAACGGAGUGGUCUCGAGGGGUAAGAAGUGCGGGGCGGGGGUCGCUAUCUACACGAAAGUUGAUUUUUUUAUAGAAUGGAUAGUGCACACGGUGUGGCCGGAACAACUGUCAGAGAGUACUUGACUCCUUUGAGAUGUAUAGAAAAAUAAAGUCUUCAUUGUUAUUAAUUGCAUAUUUCUAUAGCACAGUUUUUACUAUCAAAAAUUAAUCUAACUUACCUCUAACAAUUCUUUCUACUAUGAUCGAACCGAUUUUCAUACUAGCGUACAACAUACAACAGAUAGAAAAGGUAAUCCAUUGUUACUGUAACCAAUUUUGAUUUACAAGUCGUAACCAGUCAGCCACGCUUGCCGGUAGCUGCUCAGUGUUUUGAAUAUUGAAACAUUAACUAACACAUAGAAACAUCGGUAAAUCAAAAUCGGUCACACAUUGUCGUGCUGGCACGUCAUAUGUACGAUAGUAUAUUAUAACAUACCGUUCCAUAUUUUGGACAAUAAAAAUUAAUGAUCAAA